AGGUAAAUUAUAUCAGAGGCACAAUAUUUACUUCCGGUGUAGCAUGCUAGCUGUAAAAUGGGGCAGGCUGACUUCAGGUGCAUAGAAUGCAACGAAAAGGCGACUGAGCUGCACAGAGAUUACAGUAACGGCAUACUGAAGAUAACGUUAUGUGCGUCAUGUCAGAAGCCAGUGGACAAAUAUAUAGAAUAUGAUCCAGUUAUCAUAUUGAUUGAUGCCAUCUUGUGCAAGACGCAGGCGUUCAGACACAUUCUGUUCAACACGAGCAUGGAUAUCCACUGGAAGCUGUGCAUGUUCUGCGUGCUGUGCGAGGCCUACCUCAGGUGGUCCUUGCUGCACAGUUCGGAGCCAAGCGGUGACCCCGCUGACAUUAUCAGGUACACUAAGGAAUGGGAAUUCUACGGCAUGGUUGCCUUAGCAGCACUGGAGCUGUCAGCGUUCUGCGGUGGCGUGCUGUGUUUCCUCUGGGCGGUGCCAGUUUGCCUUAAGGGUCCCGACGUGGAGUUUGGCGUACUCCUGCGAGCGCUUCUCCUGUCCUGCUACGGCAAGGUCCUCCUCGUCCCCGUCGUCAUUUGGGAGCAUGACUUCUCGCCGCUCUGCCUGGGAUUCAUCAAGCUCUUUGUGCUCACCUCCAACAGUCAAGCUGUCAGAGUGAUUCUCAACUGCAGAAGGCGUCUGGCGUUGUCGGCCAUCGGCGUGGGCCUGCUGUUAGAGACGUCCGUCAUUCAGGCCUGUAAGUGGCUCGCGUGGAGCAUCCAGGACACGUCCGUGUUCGAUUGAACACCUUUUUUAUUCAUCUCAGGGAUGAUGGACUUACUGAGAACCUGAUUUACUUUUUUAAAAAUGCAUCAAAGCACAGACAGACUGUUGAUUUAUUUUGAGGAUUUACACUGACUACUUUACAUUCAAUCAAAGUGUCAUUUCUUCAUGGUCGCCCAAUGAAAAGAUUUUGCCAAAAUGAGAGUUGCAGUGGAACCUCGAUUUACGAACGCCUCUAUUUGUUAGAUCUAGCCAAAUAUGUCUCUGUUGGACAAUGUUUCAAGGUACAAAUGCUUCAUUCAUUUAUUUAUUCAUUUUGUCUGUUGCUGGAAGCCUUAUUGGGUGCUGUCAUUUUGAUGACAUCACUUCCGGCACACACAGCCAUUUUAAAGAGGCGGGGCCUCAUGUCACAUUAUUUACAUAUAUACGAAGAGUAGAAUGCGACACCACCAAUGGCACACAGAUUGGCUCGCAAAUAUGGAAGAAACUAAUUCCAAAAUUGCAACCAUUAUAAAAAAAGGACAUUUAUAUGGUUGCUGACUUUGCCAAGGGGGUUAAAUAUAUUCGCAAGGACAGAGAGAAAGUGCAAAACCAAGGUGAAAAGCUGUUGCUCGUGUGGAUAAAUAAGAAGCAGCCAGCAGGUAAUAGCAUUUCCGAGGCUAUCAUGUGCGAAAAGGCUCGCCAUUUAUAUGGUGACUUGAUAUCCAAAAGUGCUGAGCCAGCACGGAAGAACAAUUUAGGGAGAACCGUAGGUGGUUGGAAAAGUCUAAGAAGGGGAGUUGGCGUUCACUACGUGGCUGCUGGCUCCGACAAAGCUGCAGCGGAGGUGUUUAUCAAGCACUUGAGGAUAUUCAUCAGUGAAGGGGGAUUCUAUCGCAGCAAAAUUUUAACUCUGAUUAAACCAGGCUGUUUUUUUUGGGGGGGGGGGGAAAUAUCCCUGAGGAGAAGGCACAACCGGGACACAAACCGAUGAAGGAUCGCCGUUUACAAAUCCGAAACUCCCAGACUAUUAAAGAAAAAGCCACAAAAAAUCACAGACACAAGGUAAAAAGGAUUUUCCUUUGGUUUUUUUUGUAGUAACAUGGUUGAUUACGUUUUGGAGAGCGCCAAAGGCAAAGGGACGUUUGAAUGUGUGCACGCUUUGACAGUUAGACUUAGACAAACUUUAAUGAUCCACAAGGGAAAUUGUUCAACACAGUAGCUCAGUUACAAUGAUGGAAAGUGUAAGGAUGGAAAGGACAAUGCAGGUAUAAAUAGACUAAUAUAGCGAUAACAAAAUCUAACAUAUAUACGAAUAUAUACAUAUGGAGUUCAAAUCCCAGCCGAGUCAUACCAAAGACUAUAAAAAUGGGACCCAUUACCUCCCUGCUUGGCACUCAGCAUCAAAGGGUUGGAGUUGGGGGUUAAAUCACCAAAAUGAUUCCCGGGCGCGGCGCCGCUGCUGCCCACUGCUCCCCAAGGGGAUGGGUCAAAUGCAGAGGACACAUUUCACCACAUCUAGUGUGUGUGUGACAAUCAUUGGUACUUUAAUCUCUAAUGUGUACAGAAUAAUAUAUAUACAGAUAUAUUAUAUUAUGUCUAUAACAUAUAUACAAUAUAUACCAGGCUGACUGUUGUUGCUUUUUUUGGAUCAAAAAGAGAUUGUUGAAACAUUAUCCCCUUGUUUUGUUGGUUUGAUAUGGAUACUGUACAUACAUAUACAAUAUGGUGUCUUCAAAGUGUGAAUUUUUUUGAUAAAAAAGGGACUUUUGUCGAGACUGAAACCAAUUAUUCAUGUUAAAAUUGUUUCUUAUUAGGAACUCUGCUUCUUUUCGGUUUGCGAACCAACCAUGUUCAAGAAUCAAUUAAAUUAGUUAAAUCGAGGUUCCACUGUACUGAAAAUUGUCGCAAUUUAGUCGACUUUUAUGAAAUAUAUUUAUUUUUCUUCUGUCUUCUGAACACUACUUGAGAUACCAAUCAAAAUGAGUUAAACAUUUAAUUAUGUUUCUUCAUAUUUUUUGGGAGGGAGAAAAAUGUUACGUAAACAUACAAUGUAACCGGAAAAAGAACAAAUCAUACACCCGGUUAAUCGACAAACUUGCAUUUGUAUUUUUAAUAUCAAAACGUUUUAUUUUUAAUAUUUAAUUAUAUUUGGUUUAACAUUGCAAUGCCAUUUUUUUUUUAAAACAUUUUUUGGGUCAUCUUUUUGUACAAGACUACUUCAAUACCAGUGCAAGCACAUUUUUAUGUAUUGAUUUCUUUCAAUUUCAUGGUGGAUUUUGGAAGUGAGAGGAUUAAGAAAAAUAUAAUUUAAAAUUUAACUGGAGCAAAGAAUAUCCAUGCAUCCAUUUUCUACCGCUUGCCCCUUUCGGGGUCGCGGGGGGUGCUGGAGCCUAUCUCAGCUGCAUUCGGGCGGAAGGCGGUGUACACCCUGGACAAGUCACCAACUCAUCAAAGGGCCAAUACAGAUAGACAGACAACAUUCACACUCACAUUCACACACUAUUGAUUUCUUUCAAUUUCAUGGUGGAUUUUAGAAGUGAGAGGAUUAAGAAAAAUAUAACUUCAAAUUUAACUGGAGCAAAGAAUAUGCGGGGUGAAAUACAUGCAUUUGUAUUUUUAAAACCACACUGGUCAAUCUGGAUCAGAUUCAAAUUAAAUGUGUUUUUUUGUUGCUACACUAAUUUCAUUCAAAUCUUUCUUUCCUUUCCUGAGACACCAAUGUGAGCAAAAUAAUUGUAUUUCUUCAAUUUCUGGGGAACCCCCCGUGACCCUGAAAGGGACAAGCGGUAGAAAAUGGAUGGAUGGAUGGAUUUCUGGGGAAAAGUUGACAUAUUUAUGCCCCCCAAAAAUGUCCAGAACAUGGGAUACACCAGGUUUAUCUACACAAUCAUGCAAUGCUUUCCACCAUUUUCAAGAUGUGCUAUCUGGAUCAUAUCUUAAUCCAAUUUCAUUUAAAGAAAAUCAGUUUAUUUUUUUUGCUCAUCACUCACAAUCCUUAUGUGAAACAUGAACACGCAUAUAUUUUUUCUGUGCAUUCUAAUUAAUGAAAAACUGCUUGCAGAGGCGGCCAACAAGUCAUAUAUUACACCUAUAAAACCCCCCAAAACA